AUGUUGAAAAAUUUGUGUGAUAGAUUUGUAGAUUGUUUUGGUAUAGCAUUUCAUCACAAUCGGUCUUGUUUUCUGAAGAUCAGAUUUUUAGCUCUGCUUAGAGAAGGUUUUUCAAAAUGUUCGUCAAUUUUUAUUCGCUCCAAACUACCUCCUAAUCCUGAGAAUAGUUAAUCUAGAUAAUUAUCAGAUUUUAUCAAGAAUGGGGUAGAAACUCAUCGCACAUAUCAUGCUCAAUCUGAGAUAAUCUCUCCAAGAGAAGUCUGUUUGAGCUAAAACUGAUUAAAUUUUUGCUACAUAUUUAGUAACAAUUGGCAUAUAAAAUUAACAGUAUGUAUCAUCUUAUUCUAGUUCCUUUAGCAAUAGAAACUCCACAUUCUUUGUAUCUUCAACAAUCUUAAGCACUAUCAAACUUAAUCUCCAAAAAAGAGAAUCACAGGUGAAGAAGAGUCAAUUUAGCACUUUCCUCAAUGACAUGAGCCGUUAGAAAUCUGCUCUAGCUUAUGGCUAGCACAAGUAGUAUCUUCAGGAGCCUGACUAGGCCAGAUCUCAGGAAACAUCUGUUCAAUACC